CCAUUACAAGCGGUCAGUAAAAACACUAAUUGAUUAUUUAAAUUUUUCCAGAUGUUAGACGUGGUAGUGGCUGAAAUAGAGAUAAUUGCAAAUUUUGAGGAAAUACUAGUUACUUUCAAUCCUCCUGAAAUAAGAUACGAGCAAAAUAUUGAGAUUCAUACCAGUCUCCAACAGAAAUUCGAAGUUUGUUCCCAUGCAAGUACAGACAUGGCUUGCGAGUGGCAGGUUUCAAACCAUAAAGUGAUACGCGUGCAUCCAACUUCCUUUGUACUAAAGUCAAAAGGCGUCUUCACAUGUAAACUGAGAAUUGUAGUGUGCCAAUACGAAGACAUUAACGAAACAUUAACCUUCAAGGUCGAGAAAGAUUUGUAUGUCAAAACCCUGGAUGUGGUUGUAAAAGUAGUCAAGCCAAGAGCCGUAUUUUCAACUAUCAUGCUCAAUUUUGGUUCCGUACCGAAAGGUAAAAACGUGCCCCCAAAAUUUUUCAGUGUUAUAAAUAAAGGGGAGGACAAGGUAGAAUGGUUCAUUUUGGAAUGUUUCUAUGAUUUUAAUAAGGGGAGCGUAUUUUAUAAAAAUUCCUUAGAGCAUUUAUCUUCAAAUAGAGGAGUGCUAGCGAAAGGACAAUCGAAGAAAAUCAGUUACACCAUUUCACAUCCGACGGAGAACUGCAAAUGGUUUUCUUUUCUUAUCUUAGCAUCCGCUCAUCCGUCUUUAGUCACAAUGGAGUCUAUCAUUUUAGUACUGUAUGAAGUUGCCGAACCCCAACUUACACUUCAUUGCAACUUGCCCAGUUUCCCCACCAUUUUUCCAGGGAAGCUUUUGUACUUGGGAUGCACAUCUUCUUACUGUCUAUGUGUGCAUAACACUGAUAGGAAACUGGCCGGUAGUUUUACUUUUGGUACUCCAAGAGGUUAUCAAGCCAACUGUAUCGAGGUGAUCUUCAAGCCGAAAUCUGGAAUUAUUCCACCAGAAAAGUGUACACAUGUCCUGAUGUCCCUGACUCCUCUCAAACCCGGAAUAAUCGAAGAUGUACAAAUUCGCUGUUUCUUGAACCACAACAGAAAACCAGCGAUUCUUACAGUAAUGUGUGUUGUCGACAAUAUCAGGUUAAAUAUUUAUUUGCCGAAACAAAAUGACGCAAUGGAGAAAAUAGUUUGGCCGUCUACAUUGCAAGAUUUACAAAUAUGCAAUUCGAGUAUUGCUGGCGAAGUGACCCUGAGUGAAGAAGGUUCCCCAAAUCUAAGUGCUGAAAACCUUCAGUUAGAUUUGGAAGUAGAAUCAAAUGGAACAGUCGAAUUGUUGGAGGAAAUGCACUUCAAUUCUUCCGAAUCGGAUUUUCUUUGGGACACAUUUGUAGAUGAAGAAAUGGACACAGAUUCUCUAACACCGCCAACCGACAUUCUUUUGCAAACAUGCUUUGGUUCUAAUUUAACAUUGCACGAGCAUGUAACGGAAGUGAAAUUGGUGCCUGUGAAGAAACUUGCAAAAACGACUAUAAUUAUUGAAAAUGUCACUCCAAUUCCCAGUGCUGUAAGUGUCUGUGCCAAACGUUUCCUUUCCAAACCGACUGAAAGAACCAGAGAGAAGCUCUUCAACCAAUUGCUUGUAGAUUUAAAAUUGAAACAGGGAGGUAAUGAGUGGGAAGAGUUAGUUAACGACUACGGUAUUGCGGUUAGGCCAUCACCCCAAUGCGCAACUAUCGAGAUUAAGACUCCGGUUGAAAUUGAUUUAUGGAUUUAUGCGAACACUUGGGGUAUUUAUGUUGAGGAAAUAGCUAUCAUGGUAGAAAGUAUUGGGGUAUUUACUUUUAAUAUGUUAAUUGAGGUUGUUGGUUCUCCCAUUGAGUUUCCGAUGUCACUUAAUUCCAUACUGGAUGAAACGGUUAUGAGGUUUGGAACCUUCACUUACCUGAGCGAACCGAAAAGUCGUAUGUUAAAGAUAAAAAAUAUUAGUACGAUUCCAGUAUGUUUAGUAUGGCACAUAUUUUUCAAAACUGAUUACUUUACCUCCUUCAAUCUCCUUAUGGAUACCUUUGAAUCUGAUUUGAAAUCGUGUGAUGAUGAUGUUGAGGAGCUCUCGACUAAAUUACUUAUCACUAAAAAAUAUUACGGAAAGGAAGAUCAUAAAAUUUUUCAGGUUACACCUCGCUGUAUAAGACUGAAGCCGAAGCAAUCGAAGAUGAUUACAAUUACACAUGAUCCUCGGCAUUUUCCAGUGAAAUUUGAAAAAACUGACAUCGAAGCCGACCUCCUGGGAUACGUACAUUUAAAAAAAGACCAUAAAUUUCAAGAUGACUUGUUCUACCGGAAGUCUGAUACGGAAUCAACCCCAGUCAAUGUGAAAUUGCUUACCACACUGGAACUGCCACUGCUGCAGCUACAACUGUUGCAAGGUGACAUGACAGUUACUGCAUAUGCUAGUGAUAUUAUUGAUAAGCAUGAAGUACAGUACGAAAAAACACUCAUCUUUAGAAACAUUCACGACACAGCUGCAACAGUUUCAAUGAAUAUUGAGAAACCGUUCAAAGUCUUGCAGUUAUCUACAGUCGAAGCCGAAACUAGCGAACAUUGCCCCGCAAUCUUAAUCAAACCUGGCGACUGCCUACAGGUGCUAAUCGAGUGCGUAGUUGACGUCGAAUAUGUACUAUUUUACGCCGAUGCGUUGUUUAACAAUAAGAACUCGACCAACUUCGAGUACUUCAAUCAGGACGAAAAUUCUGUUACACUCGAACAAGACCUAAACAUUAAUCAACUUGGUGUACAGAAACAGGUAACAAAAAUGAAAUUCAUCCUUUACUAUCCUGAUCUACACAUAUCUCAAGAAACGGUUAACUUUCAACUCGUUUACAUUGGCAACACCAAAAUGGCGUUAUUGAUGUUGUCGAACACUAAAGGUACACAUUUACACUUUAGCAUCAUCAAGUCUAUAUUAGACAGUCCAUUUAGGAUUGUACCAAAUAAGGGAAUUGUUCCUAAAGCUGAAGGAAGGACUCUUUCUACAGUAACGUUAAAAAUUUAUUUUUCUCCCAGCGAAUCCACAACCUACCAUGAAGAAAUUAACAUACUGAGCAACAUUCCUUUCCUCUCGAAGAAGGUGACCUUAACGGGAAUAGGAACCCACAAUGAAAAAUUCUACGAAGAAGGAAUAUAAAAUAUUUUGUUCUAUACUUUAAUAAAGAGCGCAUAAAA